UGAGGGAUCUUUCUGUGAUAUCUUACUCUUUUGGCUGGAACGGGGGAGGUUGUGCAAGGGGACCCAUCUAGAUGUCCUGACCUUCUACAGAAAGUACAAUAAAUAAGUCUUGCUAUUUGGAAAGGAAUGAGAAGGCCAUGUGAAUCAGCCCCCACUCUCCUCCCCCAGUGAGGCCAUCCUGGGCUCCUCAUCUCUAAUUGGCUGCAUUGGCCACCAAGGACAUACAUACUCCACUUGUUCCUGGACUUGCCUCUUGGAACUCGGGGAGUUGCUAGUGGAGAGCCUGGGGCUGAAAGAGAAAAGGGGAAGAGUUGUUUAUAAAUUUUCAACUUAAAGGACAGAAGGUUGUGGAGGUCCUUCUUGCCCAAUUUACUGAAUUGGGCUUAAGGCUGCCUCUAAGCCUAGGUCAGCUGCUGGACAGUGAGGAGAAGUGCCGGGCUCUGUAGCAAGGGCAAGGAAGGAGACUGGACAAUCUUAGUGUCUCUGGAGUCAGCAGAGACAUCAGCAGCGACCGCCCAGCCCGACUUGUGCCACAAGACUCAAACCGUCUCAUAGGAGGGAGCUGAGGCCUGGUGCCGACUCGCCGGAGCCCUCACGGCCUUUGCCUUCCUCAACCUGCUCUCCUUGUCUGUGGCCUUUCGGCACUCUCCUUGACCUACCUAAAGACCAAAUCAAGAAGAGAGGAAGAGACAACAGAGCAGACAGAGCACACAGAACCACCCCAGCUCCGGGAAGGUGGGAUCAUUGGGGAAGAGUUGGACAGAAGCAGCAGGGUAUGGAUUGAAACAAUAAAAGGUUAAAUUGAUGGAUGACCAACAAGAAAAGGAAUCUGCCUCAGAGGACAGAGGAACCAGGCUGAUUAAUGGGAUGAAAGAAAAUGCCCACCCCCAAGGCUCCAAUGACCAGGAUCUGAUGGUGAAGCUGGCAGCAACAACAUUGCAGACCCUGAGCCUGACGCCCAAAGAGACUCUGGUGUCUACGCGGGGCCUUCUGCCUCUGACUUCUAAGAAACCCUGCCUACCAAGUCCCCCAUCUCCCCUGAGGCUGACCGAUGCACCUGAACACUCUUCUAAUGAUUCUUCCGUGCAUGCUAUUGCCCUCACAUCUGGUAUAACCAAGGGCCUGAACACAUGGUCGCUGCCAGGGGACUGUGAGAAAGCUCCACUCACCAUCAUGGAACCUGGAGGCAUGUCGGCCUUUACUGGCGACUGUCUCAUGCAGCCAAGUCGGACUUGCCUGGGCUGUUUCAUUGAGUCUAAGGAUGGGAUUGACGCAGAACCGGGUAUAAGCUUGAAACCAGGUGAUAUAAAUAGGGAUUAUGAUACCUGUUCUGUCUCUGAUAUAGGGAUCCAUUGUAUGAACACGGGAGAAACCAUGAGAUUCGGAGAUGAGCUGCUUUCUGACCAGCUCCUAGGCUUCCCUCUCCAUAAAUCCAGGGCGGGAGACAAAAGAGACACAGAGAAAUCUGACAGUGACUCAGAGGACCCCACUCAGAAAAAUUAUUAUGAGGGAUUGCUAUUGGAUAAAUGCAACGGUGAGGAAACUCUGCUUUCAAAUGCUAACCAGGAAUGGGGCUACUUUGAAUCCUUCAUCAGUGAGAGCAAGAUCGAGCUCCUUGACCUCUGCUCAAAAAAUGAGCUGUCAGUCAACCUAUUUUCAGAAGAGGAUGUAGACAACUAUAUGUUUGAUGAUGACGACUCUACUCUGGGCAGUGACGUCUGCUCCCUGAAGAUCCGAUAUGAAUCCUUCCAGGACAACGUGCGAGACAAGACCAAUGUCCUGCAGGACGAUGCCCAGUUCAACUUCUUCCCCAGUGUUUUCACCAGCUGCUCCAAGAGGGAGACAAAGAAUGGAGGCCUGAAGCGGAGUGGAGACUCCUCCCAGUUCAAAGUCCCCACAGAGAGCAUCAUCUGGGGGGAAGAGGAUGAGGAGGAAGAGGACAAGAAAAUAAGAGACCAGGAAGCUGAAGUCCAGGAGAACAAGAGAGUAGAGGAAGAAGAAAAGGAGUUUGGAGGGUUGUCUGCCUUAAGCAAACCGUGCAAGGGGACCACUGAUGUGGUCAAGUAUGUCAAUUCCAAGCGCAACCCCUUCCUUGACACUGCCAACUCUGCAGAGGAUUCUGGGGAGUUCAGCGAUGACAGCUCCUGCACCGAGUCUUCAUAUGAUGCCUUGAAGGAGAUUAAGGAUUGUAGCCGCUAUCUUACCCGUGAUCCUCAUUCUGGCUCUUCUUCUGCCUCCACCACCAUCCAGCAGAACUAUGGACUGAGGGCUAAAAGGAAAGUCCGGUACAGUGAAGACUACCUAUAUGAUGUUGAUUCCAUAGAAAGUGAGAGGAUGUGCGAGAAGAAGGAGUGGCAGCCAGAUGGGCAGAAGGAGGAGGAUGAUGACGAGUGGUGCCCCAAGAAGAGACGGAAAGUGCCUCGCAAGGAACCUCCAGUCAUUAUCAAAUAUAUUAUCAUCAAUCGAUUCAAGGGGGAGAAGCACAUGCUGGUGAAGCUGAGUAAGGUGGACGCCAAUGAGAUGACGGUAACAUUGAAUGAGAACCUGCUGCACAAGUACGCCAGGCUGGCCCCACUGAAGGGCUUCUGGCAAGAGAAGCAGCAGAAUCGCCUUGAUUCCCUUAGAUCCACCCUUUAUCACAAGCAAAGCUUCCACCUGAAUGGCCUCGAGGCCCCAUUCCCACCUCCUCCUCGGAAAAGAAAGUGCAAACUGGCCAACCGGCACAGGAUCCAGAGAAUCCAAGCCAUCGAACAAUCGACAAACAAACAGGGCUCCUUCUCCUGUGAUCAGAAGCAAGCUGCUGGCAGUAAAGAAGAUGCAGGCUCAAAAGGUGCACCUCACACAGGGGCUAGAGCUACCUCCAGCUGUGCCAGUGAAGCGCAUUUAAAUGACAUGGCUGGUCCUGACUCAGCGAAGAGCCGAUCACAAGACCGAGAGUUCCGGAAAGGGCCAGAGAGGAAAGUGCUCCACCGAAUCAAAUUUAAAAGUGAAGCCAGGUUAAAAUGCAAGAAGAACAAAGCUGGGCAGGAAAGCAGUAAGGCGGCCCCUCAUCCAGCCCCAGACAGCCAAGAGGCAGGCUCCAGUCUCAAGAAUGAGAAUAUUCGUAGAGCCCCGGACAGCUCCCAUCGAUCCAAUUGUCGGGAAGAUAACGCUACUAAAAAUUCUCUCUUCUUACCAGCCACCUGCUCGCCUGACGCGCCUCUGCCAUCUGCUAAUAUCGCCACCAAUGUACCCGUUAUCCCUGGAGGGUAUCUGCAGACAUUGUUAGAUGCAUCGGAUUUAUCAAAUGCUACCGCCAUCUCCUACUUCACCCACCAUCCCCCAGGCCAGCAUUCUGCUGUCCUUCCUCAGCCAGAAAAAGCAUUCACAUCUCUCCAAACUGGCCAGAGCUGUGUGCUCUCCCCACCUUCAGAAUCUGAGCUGCAGCACUCACCCCAUCCCCUCAAAAUGGAUGCAAGUUCCUUUGGAAGUGUGUGGCCCAACAAGGCUAUGACUGGCCCUCAGGAUUUUAUGGCUGAUGCCUCAGGAGAGGCAACUGGGGCCCUCUCAGGCAAGUUUGGUGGCUCUGAAAUAAUUCCAACAGGGGAUAACCUCUCAGCUGCUAUCUAUGGCCCAAUGGGGGGCAGCAAGCACCCAUACCCCACUAAAUAUAUGCAGGACAACCAGCUGCCACCCGAUGAUGUCUAUCAGCAGUGCCAUUUCAAUAAUGCAGAGGGCUGCUUUCCUUUCCAUCGGGGCACGCUCAACACAGACAAUGGCCGGCUCAUUAGCUUUGAUUCUGUGGGCUCGCUGUCAGUCAGCUCCAGCAAUUACAGCUCCUUGAGCUUGAAGUCUUGUGAAAAGGAGGGUGAUGAGGAUAUCAAUGAUGACUUCUUAGCUCACUGCAGUCCCAAGCUGGUGAUCCAGCAGAGCAUUGAUGAGAUCACCCCCUUAAAGGAGUCCACUGACCUCCUAGACAUCUCUAACUUCACACCGGACAAAUUCCGCCACUCAUCUCUCUCAGAGAUGUCUCCACCAGACACCCCUAGUCUUUCGCCACAGAUCACAGGCUCAGAGAAUAGUAAGGCACUAGGGGUACUUAAGGUGUUCCCAGAGGGCACCCCAGGCCCUUUGAGCAGCGGAGAGAAGGUCAAGUGGGACUGUGGCAGCCUUCCACACCAAGAUGAGACAGGUGAUGGAUUUAAUUUAUGUAACCAUCAGUUUCAGUUCCAUAUGUUCAAUGAUGAGGACUCUGUCGGCCUACUCCAAAAAAACCCUUGCCUGUCAACAUUUAAUGAGCCAUCUGGUCAAAUUAGCACCAGUAGCAAAGUGUCAAAAUCGAAAAAGAAAAGUUCACCCAGCAAGAGUGGGGUUACAAACCAAAGCUCUUCCCCAAAAGGCACCAGGAAAAAGACUUCUAAAGCCAACAAUAAAGGAAUUGAAAAGUCACCCAGCAAAGCCUCCCGUCAGAUGCCCAAGUCAACGAGAAAAGGAAAAUAUGCAGCAGCUGUGGCUAAUGGUGAGAAAACUCAAAUCGGUCUCAUCCGAGGAGGGGGUCAGCUCAACAAUGCCGCCACGGGAAAGUUCUUGGCAGGAUGUAUGCACCAUGGUAGCCCCACAACCCCUGUGAAGAUGACAGGCCACAAAGACUUCUCUGGGGAGUGGUCAAUGGGGAAGGACAGUGGCACAGGCUGGACUGAUGUAGGCAUGGGCAAUGCCAACAGCCUCCUGGAUGAUGACCAGAGAGAAUUUGAAGAACCUUCUAACAUUUUGUCCAACAUUGCUUCUGGCAUGGCUGAUGUGCAGAGAUUCAUGAUGGCCUCCAUGGAGCCCCUUUGGAGCCCAGUGGGCCAUCAUGGGGUUCCAAAUAUAUACCGUUCUCCUGAGUCCAACAGCCUAAAAUUAAAAACCCUAAAAAUCUUGGCUGGUACCCCACAGGAGUCUAAGAAAAAGGCCAACAGUGGCUCCCCAGGAGCCAGUAAGAAUCACAGGUCACCCAAGAGUUCUAGCAGAAGCAGUGGGAAAGCAGUCGUAGGUGAUCCUGGCCGGGCAAACACAGCAGGAUACAACUCAGACAUUCACUCUCCCUUCUUGGAUAAAAACUAUAGUAACUUGAGCACUUUAGGGAAUAACGGACCUACACACAAAAAGUUAUACCGUCACAAAUCCAGCUCAAAAACCCUGAGGGAUGAGAAUUGUAAGGGAAAACGUCAGGAGCGGGAAGCAGCCCUCAAGGACUCAGCUGGGACAUCUACUUUCGAAAAACUGAGGUAAUAGUAUACCAAAAUGGCUCAGAUAUACCCUUAUCUUUCCUACUACCUGCUAAGCCUGCUGCAGUCCUACAUUUUCUCCUUUCUCAAAAACAAGUUUGCAUGAAAGAGACCAUCCCCUUUCCCCCUCCUACCUUUUGCAAAAUUAAAAAGGAAAUGAAAGGGGAAAAGGGCACCAGAAGUACUCACACUUGCAAGCUACCUAGAAAGAAUGAAAAAAAAAACAAACAAAAAAACAAAAAAACAAAACAAAACAAAAAAAAAACAAAGAAACAAAAAAAAACCCAAAAACAAACAAACAAAGAAAAGAUUCUUUUUUUCUUGACUCAGCUGGUGUUAAACACCAACAAGGCUCCUUUUUCCCCCCUCCAGUUUACGCUUCUGUUUUUAUUCUUUAUUUCUUGAGGGGAAAAAACUCCCAGUUAUCAGAUGUGCUCUUCUUAAUGAUUUAGAAAAGGGAAAGACUUCGGGGGAAACCACCUUUUGUAAAAAAAAAAAAAAUAGAACUUUUGAACACACACAAAAGCCAAAAAGGCUUCAAUGGAAAGGAUCUUUAGUUGGACAUUUGAGAGCUCAAACUUCACUGUGCUGCAUGUGGCCAAGUUGAGUGCUUUGUGGCCCCCUCUGCUGUUUAUAUCUUUGCCUGCAUCCUUCAGUAUCUACCACAGUUAAAUUGACGUUAAUAGAUAAUCCUGUGGUGGGACAUCCAUGAAAGCCAACAAGGAAGGAUGGCAUAAAAAGUUUGAUUUUUCUGCAGGGAAUUCAGACUAUGGUCUUCCUAAAGCAGAAACAGCAUUUUGAGGAUUUCCCUGUGUUGGAAAACAAGACUUAUUCUUCUCUAAUAAGACAUUUGAUGUUUGUUUUCUGUUUCUUUCAAAAUCUGCCUUGUGGUAUGUUGACAUGUAAGUGCUGAAAUUGAGUUUGACCUUGUGGGAAUACUUCUUUAAGUGCAAUCCCUAACCUGGGAUUCUCUAUGAAAAACUUUUAAUGAGUCAGACAGUUGUACAGUAGUUGAUGCACAAUGGCUCCAAAGGGAAAAACGACAACGACAAAACAACAAAACCACAAAAUUAUCGUGCCAAACUGAUGAACAAGUGACUGGACUGGAAACAUUGUUCCUUCUUUCUCAGCAUUGGGUUAUGAGUGUUGGGGGAAUUUAGCCCCUUUGACUUAACAAGAAACAUUCCAGUGGUCUGCUAUUAACCAACCCUACUUUCUUGGGUAACAGCUCUAGCUCUAGGGUAAAACUGGGUUGUUCAUUUACACCAAUUUACCAAAACUUAUGGACAAGGUUAACAGUGUGCCAAAUUGACUGACCUCAUUUCACAGAUGCACCCCCACAGUUUACAGCUCAAAAGUAUUCUCUCUCUCUCUCUCUUUCUCUCUCUCUCUCUCUCUCUCUCUCUCUCUCUCUCACACACACACACACACACACACACACACACACACAACUGCUAAACAAACAUAAAAGUCCUGUGUAGAAACAGGACCAGACCGGCAAGGCGAUGAGAUCUUUUUGUUCACACUCUCUUUGCCGAAGAAUUGAGUUCUAUUAGAAGAAUAUAGAAAACACGCCAGGUAAGUCUAAUAUAGGAAGUCGAGUGUACACAUUUCAAGAACAUUUUUCAAGGAAAUGAAACAGCUGCUUUGAAAGUUUCUGUUUUCUAAAAGCAAACUCUGUAGCUGAAGAUUAUUUAAAGUGCAAAGUUAUUGCUGAUCCUUUGUAUCUCCGUUUUAUAUCUUUUCUAAGAACCUGGGGAAAAUUCUAAAUAUUGGCAUCAAAUCUGUGCUGAUGAUGAAUCAAGUGUGUUGAUUGUUGCUUACAAUAUUUCAUCCUGCUUUGUGUCUUUUCUGGCUUCUAUGUUCUUGGAGUGUUUAAUUUCAUAAUGCUGAUGUCAUGUAACCUGUGUUUGGAUUUUAUUGAGAAUUUUAGUUUGAUCAUUUAUUUCUCUUUUUAUGUCAAAGAACACAGAGCAGUCUUGGGGGGGGGGAAUGAGCCAAUUAGGGCCAGACAACCUUAAUUGGGGGACAAGCAUCAAGUGCUACCCACUCAACCCAGUCCCAAAAGAAACAAAGUCUCUUUGCUUAGUGCCACAGUUCACACAUCCACUACUAUCGAUCCCUUUUGCCCCUCAACUGAUGCCUGUCCCUAGUUUAAAAUUGAUCAUCUCUUUUACUUGCAGUGGAGAGCCUCCAUGUCUGAUGCACUCUGAUCCAAAAUGAGAUCAUGGGGGUAAAAGUACUAUGAAAACUACUGAGCACUAUAAUGGGAUUGUUAUUAUUCUUUAUCAUCAUGAUUAUUAUUUGUCCUACUGACCUAGGAGUAAGAGGGCUGAGGUUAUGAGAAAGAGGUAAAGUGGGUAGGAGAAAAAGCUUAGGAGGCAAGAAAGGGACAGCAUACAUUUGGAAAGGGAGAACAUGACAGAUUAGAAAAGGACAAUGCAUAUUUUGAAAGGGAGGAUGUGAGCAAGGGUACCUACAGAUAGGGACUAGUUAGUGAUUGCCUUCCUAACAUGUUUACUCGGAGUUUUGGAAAGGUGCUAAAGAAGAUAUGGAAGGAGAAUCAUUCAGAAGCAUUGAAGGUCAGAAUUGGAAGGGAUCUUAGAGUCACUGAAUCCAACGCCCUCAUUUUACAGAUGAGGAAAUUGAGGCCCAGAGAGACAUGACCUGAGGUUAUGCCAUAAGUAACUGGCAGGGCCAAGACCCACCCCCAAGCUUCUUGACUCCUGAUCUAGGUUCAUGAUUCAUUUCAACAGUCUGCUAUGUUGACAGCUCUACAGCCAGGAAACACACAGGUAGCAAAAUGAGUAAAACCAGCUCUACCCUCAACGUGAAACCUGACUUUCCCUGGACAAGAGGGCUGGGAGCGAUUUGAAAGGCCAAUGACUGAAUUUAGGCUUUGACAGUCAACAAACAUUGACUCUGCUGUGUAACUUGGGAACAAUGGAAUCUUGACACCAAGUGAAACAAGACCCUUGCUCCACAACUGCUGUCCAAAAGGGGAAAAGACCCAAACUGGAAUACGCUCAUUCUGGCACUCUGUUGGGUAGUGUGUGCUGACUGCGCUGAAUGCAUGGGAGCUGGUUCCUAGAGCUGACCAAUUCAAGUUGCUUUAGCAAACUUUUCUUAAUUACCUGCUGUGGUCCGAAUGUUGCCUCUCCCCCAGAGAAGAGCACGAAGUCUCACUACAAUACGUCUCUUCCAUCAUGGAACUCAUAAUCUGGAGGGGGGGAGAUAAGACAAUCCAGAUAACUAAUUCACAAUACUAUGGACGUUAGAAUAAUCGAGGGGCUGGAUGAACUUUGAGAGAAGAAUCAUGACCUAUGGAGGUUAACAAGGGGGCUUCUUGGAAAAUAAUGCAUUCGAAUUGAGCUUCAUAGGAUAGGGAGGAAGUAAUCAGGUUGAAGAGAGCUAGGGAGGCCAUCCCAAGCAAAGAAGCAUCCAGAAUCUCAGAAGCCAAAGCCUUCCAGAUGGGAUGAGAGCCUGGAAGGGAGGGGUGGGGGAGGAGAGGGUUUGCCAUGAUUCUGAGUCUGAUCCAAAGAGACAGUGUUGGAUAUUGUUCUAUAAGUAGAAAAGAUUAGAUAAAAAGAAAAGUGGCUGGUUUGGGGGGAGUCUCAGAGAGUCAUUGUCAGGUCUACCUUGAAGUGGGGAGGAUGAAGUUAGGGAUUGGGGGUAGCAAGAAAUCAAUAAAUGAUGAGAACAUUUCUAUGUUUCAACUUGCUGUUAAGCAACUCCUUUGGAAAGAGAGAUUUUGAUGGUAUCUCCUGGGAACCAAUGAAGGAUUUGGUCUAGGGAAUAACACCUCUUUCUCUCCCCAAACCACUGACGUUUUCAGGCACCUUUUUUGGCCUGCAAACCAUUGGGUUUCCAAAGGUAUUACUAUAACUCAGAGUUCUAGAGAAAGGCACUGUAUUGAACCCAAAAUGAGGGCCUACACAUGGGAGAAAACUGCAGUAGGAUUUAGAAUGUGAGAUUGUAGAGCUGGAAGGGACCUUAGAGAUAAUGUAAUAAUACAACCCCUUUAUUACACAGCUAGCUAGGUGGCAUAGUGGAUAGAGUGCUGGACUUGAAGUCAGGGAAGACUUGAGUUCAAAUCCUGCUUAAGACACUUCCUAGCUGUAUGACUUUGGGCAGGUCACUUACCUUCUCUCCACCUCAAUUAACUUAUCUGUAAAAUGGGGAAAUAAUAACACCUACCUCACAGGGUUGUUGUGAGGAUCAAAUAAGAUAAUACAUACACACACACGAAAAGUGCUGAGCUAAAUAUCAUGAGCAAACUGUCACCAUUGUUGUUACAGAGGGUAGCUGAAGCCCAGAGAAGUCACACAGCUAGUAAGUGACCGUCGGGACUGGAACUGAAAGCUAGUGCUCUUUCCAUGAGACGCAGCCUAAUGUAGUAUGAGAAGCACUGGAUUUGGAGUCAAAGGGCCUGGAUUAGAAUCCUUGCCCUGCUAAUUAUCAGUUGAUAAAAUUUUUUCCCUCUCUUGGCUGCAUGCAGUUUCCUCAUUUAUAAAAUGGGAGAGGGUUGGACUAGCUAAUCCAGCUCCAAAUCUAUGAUCCUAUGAUCUCAGAGCUCCAAGCUCUUGAUCCUAUUCUAUGUGUAUAGCAUGUAUGUGUGUGUAUAUAUAUAUGCAUGGCACAUGCAACAUCGAGCCACCAGUAAUCUAGACUAGUUUUAGGAAGAUCCCAGCUUAGCCCAUCUAGGUCCUUGAAGACAGAGACACACCUUGAAAUCUGUGCUGAGAAGUUGCCCACAGCAUAAACUGCAGAUGAACCCAAAGGAGGAGAAUGUGUUUGCUGACUUCAGUAUUACUCCAGCAGAAAGACAAAAAUAAAGAUGUCACUUGUAUUACUUAGAUCAUAGGGUCAUUUAUUUCAAGCUGGAAAUUGCUUUUGACAUCAUCCAAUGACGCACAGGGCGGAGAUCUGAACCGAGGUCCUCUGACUUCAGAAUCAGCACUCUGUCCAGCCCAUCAUGAGAAGAAUGGAAUACCACCUAGCUCUAGCAGAAACAUUUGUGCUCUUGCAUUCUUGAAAAAUUCUCCAAUUGGAAGGUUGGGGUUGGUUUCAGUUUGGUUGGUUCAUUGAGACAGGGAAGGCUAUACUCCACUGCAAGUAUUAUUUUCUUUUUUUUUAAGAAAGAAAAGAUGUUUGAACUGUGUUUUGUUUCUUUUGUUUUUCUUGAUGAAGCCCAUCAUUAAGAUUGGCUUACCCCUAGAGGCACCCAAAUUUUUUAAAUGUCAUUAAUGGGGACCUCAAGCAAGCAGACCAAGCCUUUUAGAAGAGUUUCUCAAAUAGGGAUCUGAAAUAAAGGUGAGAGAAAGAACUUGCAUUGGCUUCAGCUGACUUCAGUCUGGGAGGCACCUCAUCCCUAGCUGGGAUGGUGUCAGUUAGGGGAUGAUGCUCAGUCUGCCUAGUACCAAAGCACAAACCCUUUACAGCACUUUCCUGGCUCAGCUGGGCAGCUCCUGAUAUCACUCAAAGGGAACUGGCUGGCUUAAGCCUGGGUUGACAUUGGGACCACAUGUUCAAUCCUUGAGAUGCGUGGGGUCCACAGAGCAAGACUGGGGAGGUAAGAGGACGCAAAAAAGCCCACGGGAGGACAAAAAAUAGUACCAAGUUUGUGGUAUCGGCAAGGCUUUCAAAAUUGGUAUCUCAGGUAAACAAGUGACAUUAAUGGCAGUAGAGAAACAGCCAUGGAAGGAAAUCUUAUCUAGAAGGUGAGGAUGGCUACUGGGGCCCAAGGUGAUGAGGUGGGAACUGCCAGACUAUUUUAAAGGCUUUGAAAGAUGCUCUGUUUAAAAGAGAAGAGAAACGUUUCUAGUUUGAAUGACCCUCUCCCUGGAUAGCUAGAAAAAUGUCAAGUUCUAAAGCACAAUGGAAAGGCCAAAAAAGAAAGAUCAACCCAGAGAGGCCUGGGAAACUACUUUGGACUUUGUCACAUAGUGGGAAGGAAAGAAAAAGGGAAGGAAGCAGGGUGGAGGUAGAAGGAGAUAGAUGCUCUCUUUGAAUUGCCUAAGGCACACUGGUUGUGCAGUUGUGAAUGUACCAUUCCUGCAGUUCACUUCCUUCCAUAGAACUUAAUGCACCUCUGGAGUAAGUUGUUAAUGUUUUAUGGUGCUAAAGGAAAGGAAAUGAUGAUUUUCAGCCCUGCUCUGACCCCCUAAGCAUUCAAGGAAAUUUAAAAAACACACACAAAAAAUCCUUUAAUGGCCCUUUUUAUGAAUGUAACAUAAACAUUUCUGUUUGACAUAUGACACUGCAAUUUUACCAUGAGUGAAAAUUAUUUGCCUUUUUUCUUUUAGAAUAAGCUUUAUAAAUAUUCUGUAGAGUCAAUUGAAGUAUAAUUCUUAAGGAUCAUUCUAAGACGCCUACAAAAUCUUGUAUAUUUUUAAGUGUGCCAAUUUGUAAAAUAUUUUGUAAGUGUAUAUUUUUCUUAGGAAAGUGCUGUGAAGUGUCUGUAUGUGCGAGGUUUCCUUUUUCCGCACCCCCGGGUGUGAAUAAAAGGACAUAUACUUAAAAGUUCCUGGUUUUAAAAACCAAACUAUAAAGAAAAACAAUGAAACUUUUGUUGGGAAUUUUGUAAUAAGAGACAUGUUGUGAACGAGUGUAGUGACCUUGUGUAAAGAAAACUGGAACAGUGGUGAACUUGCUGUUUUAUAGAACCUCCUUGUAAAUUAUUCUUGUAAUAUUUUUGGUUCUCUUGUUCUUGUUGCGAAGGUUUUAAAUAUUUGUGACUGUAUGGUGAAAAUGUCAUAUUGUUAACUUGCUGAGUUUUGUUAUAUCGUUUAUGGAAUAAAUAAAAACAGUUUAAAUCUUG